UGGAAGCUUCCUGUCUGACUUUAGUUUUCGCCUGAGUGAUAAAGUUCCAGAUAGAAAAGAAUCAUCGGGUCACAGAAACAGUUUAGACAAUGGCCCCCAGUAUCUCCAACUGUCUUCAUCGCGAAGUCCCCUGGGACAUCUCGUUCUCUGGAUCUGGAUUCCUGGCCACUUAUCAGUUAGGAGUUGCCCUGUGUUUUCUGAAGAAUGCACCUUGGGUACUGCGCUCAGCAGCCUGCAUCCUCGGAGCAUCUGCUGGAUCUCUGAUAGCAGCUGCAGUGGUCUGUGACAUCAACCUGAUUUCCAUUCAGAAUGAGAUGCUUGUUUUUGCCAAACAUCUGACAGCUCUCACGCUUGGACCACUAAACCCCUCUGUCAGUGUUUUCCACUGGUUGGAAGCUGUUUUAAACAAAUAUCUUCCAUCGGAUGCGCACCGUCGGGCCAGCGGUCGCCUCGGUGUUGCGGUGACCCGCCUGACUGAUGGGAAGCAACUCGUUGUGUCGGAGUUCCAAUCCAGAGAAGAAGUAUUACAAUCGCUGCUGUGUAGCUGUUUUGUGCCUGGAUACUCUGGCUUUCUGCCACCAACCUUCAGAGGAGUUCGCUACAUUGACGGAGGUUUGAGUGGUAUUCAGCCUGCCAGGCGGCCUGACUCAUCCAGUCACACGCUGACUGUGUGCCCCUAUUCUGGAGACACUGACAUCUGCCCUGUUGACCCGCCCUGCAUGUUUGAGAUGGUGGUGGACCGGACAAUCCUCAACUUGAACAUGACUAACGCCUUCAGGAUCCUGAACAGCCUUUGGCCCAUGACUCUGGAGGUCCGGUGCUUGGUUCUGAGUGGAGACAGGAGGUUGGCAUCAGAGACUGCGGAGGGAGUGUGGCGGUGGAGCAGCUCUUACUUUCUACAUUGUCCCUUCUCUUUGCAGACGUUGGAACAAGCCUUCUUUGAUGGCUACAAUGAUGGCAACGCUUUUCUUCAGAGCAAAAACCUUGCCCCAUCUGUGGUGCCUCACAAAGUGCUCCAAGGGCCACUGAGCCAUGACCCACAUAGUUCAUGGAGGCAUUUUGGAGCCACCAAAGAUGAAGAUGAGGAGACGAAGGUGGAAAAAGAGAAUAUGAGAAUGACAUCUCUUUCUAACUACAGAGCCAUGCAGAUGAUCUGCUCCACUGAGUCAAAACCCACUACAGAUAAUAUUCUCCAAUUUGACAUGGUCAAGAAAGUUUUAUUGGGCAAUAUGACAUCUAAUCUGAGCAUGUUUGGCCUACCUGUGAGAAUCUUUUCCACCCUGUUCCUGCCUCUCAUGGUGUCAUUUUAUGCUGUUCUCCAGAGUAGACAAAGAAUUAAGUUGCUGUUUAGUCAUUUUCCUGAGGUUGUUACCUGGACUUGGCAGAGCGUGAGAAAUUGCAGCUCAUUCUUUUUCAGCAUACUUGUAGGCACCUUCAAGAAGCUUAUAAAAGACAGGGUGAUGCACAUCAUCCUGCUGUUGCAAUGGCUGCACGUUGACAUACCAUAUGAAGUUCUAUGAAGUGAAAGGCAUUCAUUAUCUUCUGAUAUGCUUUCUUCCAUUCAGAAGACUUCAGUAGCAGGAAUUUGAAAAAUGAAGAAUCUUACAAGAGAACAAAAUGACAGUGCACAUCAAGAGUUCACAUGAAGUGUCAAGACUGCAUUCUUUCUCCAGCUCAUGACAUAUACUUUUUCAUACACUUUUUUGUCUGAUAAGGCCUGAGGGGGAGAUUUAGUACAUCCUUUAACCAUCCUGACAUUUGAAACAGUUACUGCUCAGCUGAUAUUUGUGAAAAAUUCUGAAUAACUUUCACUUGUCAUUUGAGUGCAGUUAAAACCAAGCCUCAAAGGAGUUCUGCUGAAGUUUUCACUGAAACAUGAAAAGUCAUGACUCCUC